AUGGACGUUGAUACUCCGAUCCCCGCUGAGGACCACAUUCCUUCAGUCACCCCUGAUUUCCGAAGCUUUCCAAAGCAACCAGACGUCCCCCAAAGCAGAGCGGAUCCUCCAAAGAUUUGGACUCGACCUGCGCUGCCGUUUAUUGUUUCCUCUCAGGAGGACCUGCCCGUCAAACUUGAUGACCGCCGCGUUGUCAGAGUGGGCCAGCAUUUCCUAGUCAAAUAUGGACCCCGCGUCGUCCUGGACGAGGGUCAGGCCAUGCUGUUCAUCCGAGAACACUGCAACAUCCCCAUUCCGAACGUAUACGCCAUAUUCGCGGAUGAAGAAACACACGCCAACUACAUUGUAAUGGAAUACGUCCCUGGCAAGACGAGCAUCUCGGCACAGCUCCGGGCUCAGUUCAACGAGUUACGCCAGAUACCUAACGAGGGCUACUACGGCAAAUCUGGUAGGCGCCUGCUGGACGAUUACUUCUUCUGGGCCGGCGACGACGAGCACAAGUUCGUCAUACAGGGGCCCUUCGAGACGGGGUCCCAGUUCACGGAAGCGCUUAUGCAGCGAUAUCUCUACGAGGGGCGUCCUGUGCAAAAAGCCGAUUUCUACCGGCGGGUUCUGCCAGAGGCCUUCAGAAACCACCCGACCGUCUUCACGCACGCAGAUAUCCAAAGAAAGAACAUCAUCAUCAGAGCAGAUGGCAGCCCUAUUAUUGUCGACUGGGAACUGGGUGCUUGGUACCCAAAGUACUGGGAGUACUUCCUGGCCAUGACGUCCUUUGGGCACUGGGAGGAUGACUGGCCGGAGUUUAUCAGCACGUUCCUGGAGGAGUUCAAUACGGAGUAUUGCUGGAUGGACACGAUACGUAGAGAGUUGUGGUUCGAUUAG